UCCUCCGCCGACAACAUUUCAGACCACGUGACCUGUGUUUACAUCCUCUCCUCAGCUGUUUCUUUCUUCUUCCACUUCGACACAGCGGCUCACCGUUACUACUUUAAACCUUUCAUCCUAACCAGCUAACUAGUUAGCACAGUUAACCUGCAGGUAGCUUCUAAAAGGAGGCUGCUAACAUCUUAAAGUCACUGACUGACAGUCGCAUUGCACAGACCAUCCACUUACAAGGAGUGAGUUAAUGCGACACGGCAUUGGAACUGAAAGGACCAUGCUUUACAGAGCGGGUAGAGGGGAUGAAAAAAGUCACUCUCUGGACAUGACCUUAGUCUAAACUGAUGCUUGCGGAGUCACAGCGGCAGCAUCCUUCAGGUCAGCUGAUCAUCUCCAUGCCUCUCUGAGAAGGAAUCACUCAUCCUGAGCACGAGUUUGGCUUCUUGAGUUUCUCUUCUCUUUACACCAUGGGGGGAGCCGUGAGCGCUGGGGAGGACAAUGACGACCUCAUUGAUAAUCUGAAGGAGGCCCAGUACAUUCGCACGGAAAAAGUUGAACAGGCUUUCCGGGCCAUAGACCGCGGCGACUACUAUCUGGACGGCUACCGGGACAGUGCCUACAAAGAUUUGGCGUGGAAGCAUGGCAACAUCCACCUGUCUGCUCCGUGUAUAUACUCGGAGGUGAUGGAGGCGCUCAAGCUGCAGCCGGGACUUUCUUUCCUUAAUCUGGGCAGUGGAACUGGCUAUCUGAGCACAAUGGUUGGCCUUAUCAUAGGGCCAUUUGGUGUCAACCAUGGAGUUGAGCUCCAUAAGGACGUGGUUGAAUAUGCCAGAGAGAAACUGGAUGAUUUCAUAAAGAAUAGUGACAGCUUUGAUAAGUUUGAGUUCUGUGAACCCGUCUUUGUGGUGGGGAAUUGCCUUGAAAUCGCGACUGAUAGUCACCAAUACGAUCGCAUCUAUUGCGGUGCAGGAGUGCAGAAAGACCAUGAAAAUUACAUGAAAGUACUGCUCAAAAUUGGAGGCAUUCUGGUGAUGCCUAUAGAGGAUCAGCUGACCCAGAUAACCAGGACUGGCCAGUGCACAUGGGAGAGCAAAAACAUCUUGGCGGUGUCCUUUGCCCCCUUGGCCCAGCAGAGCAGAGCUGAUGGAGAGAAGCCUGACGCUGUCCAGCUGCCCCCAGUGACUGUCCGCAGCCUUCAGGAUCUGUCUCGGAUCUACAUACGCCGCACCCUCAGAAACCUGGCCAACGAGGACAGUCAGGGGAAGGAGAUAGUGCAAAGAGUUCCCCAGAAGCGCAAACGCAGGCGCUGCCGACGGCGACGCAUCAACACCUACGUUUUUGUAGACAGCCAGCUGAUCCCCCAAAUGGUGGAGAGCGAGGAGGAGGAGCACGCCGAAGAAGAACAAAAGGAAGUAGAGGAGGAGGAGGAGGAAAGAGACAUUGGCGACAUUGAAAUCCUCAAGCAAGUGAACUUGUUGAGAGACCAAAUAAUGGCUUUACCGCUGCCCGAGUCACUGAAAGCAUAUUUGCUGUACUACAGAGAGAAAUGACUGAUUAACUCGAUGUCCGCUCUUUGCGAGUGCAGCGCCUUCUGAAAUGCUUUUCUUCACCCUUUCAGUACAAAUGUAGCAUUAUUUCCAUUAAAUCUUGAUGGAAAAACUGUAACGGAAAGAGACGUCAUAGAUAAUACUGGAUAAUAAUGUUAUGAUUGUCACGAGUUGUUAGUUUUUAACUGACAUAUUCUUUUAAUUUUGUAUAUAAAAACACAAUGUAAAAAGUAUACUGAAUGGACUUUAGUUUGAGAAACCCAUUUUGAGAUUCAGAUUUUAUCACAAUGUCAGGAUUUCUGCAGAAAUGUGCAGAUUAUAAAUUGUAUAAAAAACAAAGUUCUUAUUAUAUUUGUUAAAAUAUGAUCACGCUAAGAUGAAACCUUUUAUUGCAGCUUUUUUUUAGAAGCUUUAACUUACUAUCAGUGUCUGGUGAUGUAAUGAGCUCCAGAAAAGGAGCAAAAGACACUGAAAAGCGACUACAUCCUCCCAUUUUAAGUUAGAGUAAGACAUUCUUGCAUAAUCAUGAAUGGGGCAUUUAUGUCAUUACUCUUUUUGAGGUUUCUUUUUCGGUUAACGUGUUUUGUACCUUCCUAUUACAAGAGAUCAUCGAGAAACUAGAUUGGUUCAUCAUUUUUUCUACAGGGCACCUCUUGAUGGAUCUUUUUCUACAGGGUGCUUAUAAACUCUCAUACGAGCAGCUGACAUCCUACUCGAUAUGAUGAGGUGUUGUAGGCACUCUCCUCUCCUGGUUCCCUUUCCAUCGUUGUUGCAAAUAAUAUAUUACUUUAAUUAAUCAUAUCAGAAGUUUGUAAUAAUGAUAAAAGUCAUGACGGGUGUUCAGUAGUGUUUCACAUUUGUAGGGGACUGGUACGGGAUGUUAGUCAAUAAUGCAUGAAUAUACUGUAUAUGUGUUCCUGACUGUACUUCACAUGUUUUGGUCACUGGAGGUGAUGUCCCAAGUGAUCAGGUCUGGAAAUGUUUUGACAUGGGGGGGGGGUGGGUUAAAGAAUAUUAAUCAAUUAGAUUGCCUUGAGACAAAUCUGAAAUUGUGUACUCAAAUUAGUACUGCAGUUUUUUUUAUCGACAGCAAUGCAAAUCGAAAUCGCCGAGGAUUUUGAAGCCUUUUGUAUCCUGGACUGUGGAAGUGUCCAACAAAGCACCCUAGUCUGCAGUCCUCAAGUGAAGAAAUAAAAAUCAUUUGGUAUUGUGGA